AAACGGGUUAGUGGAUUGAGGGGGUGGCACAGUUGAGCCCAAUAAGAUCAUCUUCUUGUUACUAAUGUGACGGCUUGCUUACACACAACAAUAAUCUUCUUAUUUACCUUAGGUUCCUUAGGUUCAGAUCUCGAGAAUUUACAUCUUAGCCGACUAAUUCAUGAACAAUAGCAAUCAUGGUUCUAGAGUUCCGUAAAGUUAACCCAGAGACCGACUUCCCUGCCCUUGCCAGGUGCUUUUUCGAGUCAUACGAAGACCCGCCCCAAAAAUUCUUUCAUGCCUGGUUUCCCAUCCACGGAGAUGGCACUGAGGCUCGAGAAGCAGCGAUAGCUGAAGCUGCAACGCGACUGCGUACCUGGCAAGCACAGGAUCCGACGAUGCAUUGGCAUCAGGUUAUCGACACCGACACCGGCCGUGUUGCUGGUGGGGCUCUUUGGAAUGUCCACACGGAGAAUCCUUUCGCCUCGGAAGAGCAUAUGGAGGCUAGUUGGUUUCCUGAUGAUGGGUCUCGUCGAUACGUUGAGCAGGUGCUUGAACAACACGGGGCACCGAGAGCUCGCGUUGGACAGAGGCCUCAAGUUUACCUGUUCAUCAUUUUUACCCACGCUGACUACCGACGCAAGGGUGUCGCCCAACAAUUCAUGAAUUGGGGAAUUGCGAAAGCGGACGAACUGGGCGUAGAGAUGUUUCUCGACUCAACGGAAAUUGGACGACCGUUCUAUGAAGCGAAUGGUUUCAUCUAUGUCGAAAAGAAUGUCAUUCGCCCCCAGACAGAUACUCCCGACGAAGCGUGGAAGGAAACAGUGAAGAAAGCUGGUGACCAUUCAGAUUGGUGGCUUAUGUGGAGACCCGUCGGUGGAAAAUAUGAAGAAGGUACUCCUAAGCCUUGGGAGAAGAGUUGAGCCUGACAUAGAAGCCCGAAGCGAAACUUGUAGGAUUCUGAUUAGGUAAUUGUCAUAAUCAACCCAAUUGGUAGACGCU